GGUGGAGAUCACUUCACUUUACAUGUGAGACUAUCAAGUCUGUUCUGUCUAAAAGAGUGGUUGAAAAAGGCUUUAUGGAUUCAGAUGUCUGGUGUCAUUCUAAUGACAUGACUAGCAGUCCGACAUCUGGCGAAUCUCAUUCGUUGUAUAAUAGUGGAGUGAUCCUCAUGAAGAUCAUCUUUGUGAAUGAAACUAUACCAACACCAAUGAUUAAUUUUAGCGCUUUUGCUUUAACCGACCAUAAAUGCUCGAAUCGUUUAUAAAAUGGACAGUGUUUAUUGUGCAGAUUAUGUGUCGAUUUAAAUUAAUGAAUAAGAUUACCACGAACAUAAGAGAUAAUCCCACAGCAACUACUAAAAGGUGAUCAAUUUCAUUCAAUCGAGACAGUGAAUUGAAACAUAAGUGUUUUAACCAGUAUCAACCUACAUUCGCUAGCAGCCGGGGGUUCCAAAGAAGGAUGAAGCAGCAAACCCGUUUCCCGCAACUAACCCAGCAUCCGUAUAUUUUCCUUGCUCCGGUCAUCUUUCAUCUGUACGAAACAUUCACCCAGUGGGACAACUUUUCCCUGCACGUAGCAGCCUUUUUGCGAUAUGAUGAGGCGUGAAGGUAAAGCAAAAAUGGGGAAUGGUGGGGCAGGAAAAAAGCGCGCGCGCUCGCGCACACACGUGAGUGCAAAAGCUGCGGUGACUGAGAGAAUUGUGGCGCACGCCGGUUAAUUCGAAUUAAGCGUAUAUUAUGCAAUAGGCGGUGCGCGACCAGGAGUGGGCCAAAUGAAGACAAACAAAGCAAACCCCGCACGAUGGUUCCGGGGCUCGCCACAAAAGCGAACAAACCGGUGUAUGACACCGGUGGAAAGAGACGAUUUGAGGCGUGAGGGUUGACUAUAGCACCCAGUCGUGUAUGCGAAGAUGAACGAGUUUUCCGAAACGAAUGCUAGUGACCCGGAGAAAAUGCCGACGGUGGCUUGGGUUGAGUUGGUUGAUCGUUCCGCGUUUCGGAGUUUGGUACAUGGCGACCUGCUUGAUCUAGGUGCUGAAUAGGGUUGGCCACAAACAAAUCUACCCCGGGCACAUAACCGGUACAGGUGAAGCGGAACUAGCGCCAUUAUGAACCAGAUGGGGACGGGAACUGUUUGAUUUGGAGACGAAGCUGGUGGGUAAUUGGAUAACUUACGAUUUCAUGUUCGUUUCCUCUCCCAUGCUGAUGACGAUCGUAACGAUUGUAAUGAAAGAUCAUACCGAAAGUUACGCGGCGUACCGGUCUGUACGUGACACACGCCGGGAAAGGAACCAGGCCUCCGGUGGUUGUGAAUUUCUUUUACUUCAAGUGAACCACGAUCUUCAGGGUUUUUUUUCCAGGCGCUACGUUUGCCGAAUAUUGCCGCUUGAAUUAGAAUAGGUUUCAGGAAAUGUUACGGAUGUAUGCACGUGCUUGGGUGGACUUCCUUACUCUCUGCGCUGGAAAUAAAUUUAAAUUCAAAAAUACCCAUAUAACCGUUACAAGCGAAGGUCAAACGUGAGCAAACGGAUUUAAACGGUUACAGGGAAUCAACCGUCUGCGCCUAACGGAAGACAAACACUGUCACGCCAUUAGUAUUCACGGUGAGGAUUCUGUCUUAAAAAGGCACACCUUUAGAAAUAGCUUUAAUUGGGUUUUUUAUUGAUGUAUAAAUCCGCAUCCAGAUGUAACAGAGAGCGACCCCGAAGUUGGUUUAUACGACAUGUCCAAGUUUUUCGUCUCCGAUCGUUUUAAUCCGACGGGUGGGGAACCGUUGCAGAUCAACACGGGAAAUGGAAAUGGUAACCGAGGGCUCACGAUCCAUGUUCAAGUGCAGCAGCAGUGAGGCCUUGGUUCGGAGCAACAUUUGCAGCGUCUCGUUCAGUAACGUGUGGCAGGUUGGUGGCAACAGUUCACUUCUUUGGGAAAUGGUACAGGCCAUUCAGGGGGCCUCAAAAACAAAAACCCAAUCAGUAUAGUGAUUUUCGAUAAGAGUCGUUGGUUGCAUGUGCAGGAGAAGGUACUGGAGCAAAAUAAGUUUUACGGUCUUUAAGGUGUUUCGAAAACAGUUUGUACAAACUGCAGGUGUAUUAAAGAAAGCUUACCCUUUUAUGCAAUACAAACCUUUUACCGAGUGCGGUCAUUUGUCGGGUAAUUGUUGAUCGGGCCACAUUAUGACGAAUUGUGUGAAUUUAAUAACUCGCUACGGCUCAUUACGGGCGUGGAUAGUGAAUCUAGUGUUCGGGUGCUUAGUGUAUGCUAGUGGCCAUUACACCGUCGGUGGUGUUACAGUUGAUAUAUUCCCGCUAGCACCUUCAACGGAAUCGAUGCUUUCGCAUCGUCAUCACCAAUAUCUCAAAGGAUCGUUCGUUACGUCGAAGAUGAAAAGCCACAUAAAGCGCAUUUUGAACAUAAACGAAGAAAACAGUACGCUGGACAGCUAUCUACUCUCGCUGUUUAAUAUGGAAAAUUUAAAUCCCACCUACGUGUUUUUGCUACCGUCGAUCGAUGGUAAGAACCAUGUGCGCAAACUGAUCUACCAGCGCAGUGACUUUGAGGAGGCCGAAUUCCCGAACGUGACCACCAUCAACAAGUUUACCGGUAAGCCGAACAGGACGGGAACCGUUACCAAACCUGGCAGUGAUAUGUUGCUGGAGAAGAAGAUCUUCGAGCAUUUGGAGAAGGACACGAUGGAUGAUGGGACGCGCCAAGUGAUCGAGGAGAAUGUUCGGACGGAGCGGAACUUUAUAAAGUUUAUGGACGAACUGAACCGUGAUCUGGAGGAGGAAGAGAAUCGUCGAAUGCUGAAGGAAAGUUUACGCCAAUCGAUGACACGAAGUACGACGACGGCCCUAUUUACGCCGUACACGUACCGCAGCACGCAAACCGUUGGCUGGGAUGAUCUUGGCCUGGAAGGAUGGGCUGGUGGGUUGCGUGAAAUUCAGGGUCACCGGUUCGAUCAUCCCGUGUUGGAAAAACCUAAAACUACCAAACCACCGCAAACGAUGCUGCAGGCAAGCUUUAACGCAGUACCGCAGAUACCGGUACGGCCAACUGUUUCCCUAGGAAUGCAGACCAAAGCACCCGUCAACCAGACGGCAGUGGCAGCAAGUGCUGCUGCCCGCUACAAACAGACCGGUGUUCUGCUGAGUGAGCACGUGGGCGUUAAGUUGCAGGAAAUCUACAAACGCACCAAUGGGAGUAAUGCACGGAUCAAGUGGCCGAUCACGAAUAGCCGGGAUGCGCAUCGAGAUGAGGAUGUGUUCAUCGCGCGGGCAAACAAUCCUUUCGGCCAUUCGACCAAAUGGCGCUGGAGUAACGAAACGGAUCAGGAGGACCCACUGAAGGUAGAAGUCCAAUCAUCCCGCGAUGGACGAGCGAAGCGUGGCGUCUACAAUCUUUACUCGAUGAUCAAAUGUGCGACCGGUUGUGAUCCCAUCAUCUACAAGGGCUACGGGUGUUACUGUGGAUUUUUAGGUUCCGGCCAAGCACUGGAUGGUAUUGAUCGAUGCUGCAAAAUGCAUGACUAUUGCUACAGUACCGCCAACUGUCCGAUGUUUUUGGAGUACUUCGUUCCAUACCUGUGGAAGUGUUACCGGGGCCGUCCACUGUGUGCAAUCGAUCACGGUGAGUGGGGUGGUCCGGGUUCGUGUGCUUCCCGACUGUGCCAUUGCGAUCUGUCGCUCUCCAAGUGCCUGCGGCGGUAUUAUUGUCCGCGGAAACGAAACGUUUGCACCACAUCACCGUUACGGUUACUGCAGAAUUUAGUGAUGGUUUUUUAGGCCAAGAAUGUGUAAUUAUACCCUCCCAUUUUCAGUAUGAAUGCUAGCAUUUCCAAAGUACAAAUGUAAGUGUAGCGUAGCAGUGAUUUAGUAGCUUUCAAGCGUUGUAGAUACAAUAAAAAUGCCAAAAAUUUA